UGUUCAAUCGAGUAAUCGAGUUUGACGUCAGUCGAAUUCUUUUAGAUAUCUGACAUUUGUGUAUCAACUUAUUCGAGUACAAUUUUCAAAAAAGAAACAAAUUCAAAUGAAUUUAUUUUUAACUUUCGUGAAAUGUUAAUCGAAUUUCUUCUAUUCGUCAAAAUUUGCUGUAACAAGAAAGAAAAAUUCGCAAAAAUUUUAAAAAAUAUUUGGCAAUUCAUCGCAUAAUGGACACAGAUAGAAAGUCUUGCAAUCGGCCAACGUGUGGCAAUAGGACGAAAUGUGCUCAAUUGCAUAAAGAUGCUAAACGAUCUCCCAUGACUUUGUGUAGACCAGGAGCUGAACCGGCCAAAGCUGCUACGUCAAACGUUGGAAAUUCAACGCAGAUAUUAUUUGUUGAUUCGAACUUCACGGAAACUCCUAGCACUGCAGAGAAGUGCUCCCAAACUGAUACUCACAGAGAUAACGCACAUUUAAGCGGCACCCAAACCAUCCAAUUACGUAUAGAACCCCAUGCACAGAACGCAGCGAUGUCCUGCAUCAACUAUCCGUCUAAUUAUCGGGUAAUUAUGGAAACACCUGUAUCCGCUAUCAGUAAUCAGCCAACACCAGCUGAGCAGCCGUUAACUCCGGUACAAUGUUCCUGUCAGCGUUCUUUCCAACAGCAAAACCAACAUCAUCAAUUCCCAUAUCCACCACAGCAGCCUCCUCAGCCAUCACAACAUCCCCUACAUGCAAUGCCGCAACAACAAAUACAACAAUUGCACCAACAGCAGAAACCAUCAGUUCAACAACAACAACAGCAGCAGCAAAUACAGUUAUAUCAGCAGCAACAACAGCAAUUGCAACAGUUUGUGAACUGCUUAAAUCAACAGCCUGUUGAGCAAGCUUCGGCUAGCAAGUCCAGUCAGCAAGAUUCUCAAAAUUCACAAGCUUCUACUGUAACAACAGCCGGUCUUUUCACCAAAGCAUAUUGCAUUCGAUCAACAUCUGAAUCAGGUGGUCAGCUGAGCUGUCGCUGUCCAUUUGAAAUUUCCAUAUCUUCGGCUCACCCACCGGCAAGGCCGUCUUAUGAAAUACGUUUACCAAGUGGAAUGGCGUCGUCAAAUUAUAGCGGUAAAAAUAAUUUGAGUGAGGAAGAGUUCUUUUCUCUUAGUUCGGCCUCUUCAGAUCGGGAUGAUUGCAUGCCAUCGGCAGCGGCCAAAGGCAAAGGUAAAAGUGGUAGUAAAACAAAGAAUCGCUUUGCAGAUUGCGAAUGCUCUCCAUCAAUACAAGAGAAUAAGACCAAAGCGAAUGCGAAUCCUCCACGAAAUGUAGCUAUACUUCAAUUGCUACGCGAAGUCGUUCAGUUAAUCAAUCAAGGUGACGAAAAUGGUACUGGCUGCGGUUGUGGCGUUGCAACAACAAAAAUGCGUAAUAUCGGCGCACUUGGCUCAGAAGAGUCGAUGGCAGAUAACGGUCCUUUCAACUCCGGUUUUAAAAUAACAUUUACACCAAGCCGUAAAGGUACCAGUCCAAAUCAAUCGAUUGCUCAUUCUGAAAUGUCUGAGCCGCAACCUGUGGGUCAGCCUGUUAAUAUACCACUGCAGUUGCCAUGUAAUCUCAUAAUCACACCAAACUUACUAACUUGUGCACCUUGCUCACAAUGUGUACCUUUGUCUAACGUGCCUACCCCUCCGCCACAAAAGAUGCAAAUCACUGCAGUAUCUGAAGGGCCGACAAAGUCUUUGAAGAAGGUAAAGGUUGGUGAAAAGAAUACCGAAAGCUUUUGUGGCUCCAAAGGAAUGCCCUGCAGUUGUAUAGGAGAUCUUGAGCUAAUCGAAGAGAUAGCGACCCUUGCACUCGCUGCAGACCCCAAAAAUCGCACUGAACCUUCUAGUCAGGCUUGUGAGGAAGAUAAUCGAUAUGGUGCAGGCGCAACUUUUGAUAUAAGUCCGAUUGUAUGUGGCAAAGGUUGCCCAGAAGAAUGCACCUGCAAGCAACCAUGCCUUUGUCCGGUUCAUGGCUUUUAUCAACCGACUACCAUGUUUGGCCAAGACUCACAACUGGCUGAUGACGAAGAAUGCGAAUGUAUCGACGGCGAUGAUGCUGGGAUAGUCACAGAACCGAGCCAAUCGCAAACUCAUGUCUCAGACGCUGCAUCCGCCACUGCCAGCCAGCGUACUAACCAAACGAACAAAACGAAGAGUGAUUGUACUGAAUGCAGCUGCUGCCAUUGCCAGGCGAUGCGUGAUAAACAAAACUGUUCAACCAUUGCGACUCAGAAUCAGGCGAAAGACCAAUGCAGUUGUAGUGAGUUGAGAUUCUUUAUCGAUUCCAUAAUAAUGGAUCUGGACGCAAUGGAGCAAGCGCGGCGCAAGAAAAUUGCUGAACAGACCACGACACCAACAAGAGCUAGGGUCUGUCCACGUCAAAGCUUUCCCGUUACAAUCACAGAAGUCUCCGACCUAGGCAUUUCGUCGCUAUACGUCAAAUGGGUGAUCCACGAUUGCUGCGGUAUUAGCGGCUACGAGAUCUAUGUCGACGGUUAUUUAACGAAUCGUUAUUUCCACUGCAAUCACGAAGCGGCUGUGAUUUGCGAUGUCGAUGUCACGAAGGCGCAUAAGAUAGUGCUAGUUGCACAGCCGAAGCAAACCGACUGUAGUUGCGGUGACAACAUGGAGAACAAGUGCAAGGAGUUGAUGCGUAAGGGCGAUGUCGACAAAAUAGACAAAACUAUCGUGCCACCUUCGGCACUCUGGGUGCCCAGUAUUUAUUUAUACGAUCCUUGUGACAAGAGGGAGGGAACACCGAUCAAUCGCACUAGCCUUUGAACCACGAUUUUUGGUGGAUAUGUGGGCGUGGCUUUGUUUAAUGUUUUCUGGCAACUAAAAAUUCUCUAACCUACAAAAAAAUGAAUAAUGCUUGCGAAUAGGUGUUAAAAAAGGUUGAAAAGAUGAUGGACGCAAUUGUUUUGGAAAGACGGAUAACGUGCGUGGAAUAAAUAUAAAAAGCAAAUAACACAAAAACAAUACUAAUGCGAAAAAUAGGAGGGAUGCUUAAAAUUUAAGGUACCCGUUAAAAUUUAACGAUAGAAUGACGUGAAAUGCUAGUCAGUGAAAAUUAAAAGUUAAAACUAAAAAAUCACAAAUUCGCAAUUGAGUGCAAACAAAUAGAUAUGUAUGAUAUGUAUUUAUUUAGUUCAUAUACAUACCACAUAUGAAUGGAAAUCGCCGUUAGUAAUUAGGAGAGGUCCAAGCAGACGGCGUCUCAACGCACUAAGGAAGUUCGAAUGCCAGAUAUUAAAAAAUUUAAUGAAAAAAUUUUAAAACGUGUCGAAAAAUACAAAAAAGAAAGGUGAAUAUUUACUAUUUGCAACAAUUGUGGAGACGUCGGUUUGUGCAAAUUUGCUACUGCUUCAUUAUAAAAAAAUAUAUAUAAAAUAAAAUGUAUAGUUAAUAUGUUUCUGUAGCGAAUUUGCGCCAAACGAAGUGAGAGUAGGGCCUUCACAAUGCGUUCGCUGGCCCUCCGAUCAAUCGAAAUGUAAAGCAAUAUUCAGCUUGUGUUGUUGCUAUUUGGCACGAUCUGGGCUCGUACGCGCAUACAUAACCUAUGCAUAUAGUAUAAUCAAGUAUAAUCGUACGGCGUCUCAGAUGCGUGGCCAAAAGAAGUGUAAUGUAUGUAACAAUGUGUACGUCUUGAUAAAUAAAAUUUUAAUGUUAGUCGAAGUAAAAAAAAGUGCCUUAAAAUUAAUUUUAAUGAUGUAAAGAGGAAAAGUCUCACAAAUCUGCAAUGAGUUCAUUCACAUUUAGUUUUACUUUAUUUUUAUUUAUUUGCUUAAUUCUCGUAUUGUACAAACAUUAGCAAAGCAAACCACAAAUUGAAUAUCACAAACGUUUUGUUAGUAGUUAUUAAUGCGAACUAAAGCCGAUUUUUUUCAUUUAUUUAUAUUUUAUAAGUUAGUAGUAUUUUUCAUUAUAUAAAAAUCAACGAAAAUUAUAAUAAUUUCCACAACCAAAUCGCUUGCAACAUUUUCCGAAUUGAAAUGGGAACGUUAAAAACUCAAACUCUAACGAAUUUAUUACUGUCCAUUAAAAUCAAACUUGAAUUGUAAUGCAAGUUUAAUUUUUAAAGUUUAAAUUUUCGUCGCUUGUUGCCAUUUUCCUACUUUCUCCAUUCGACUUCAAUUAAGCACUAUCUUCAUGAAUUUGUAAAUACAUCAUCGUAUGCUCAUUGAAGCAAAAACUAUAGCUUAAUCUGUUUCUUAAAUUAAACAAAAACGAUAUGUUGCGUCGCUGUUUGUGGUUCACGAAAAGAGUUUUUGCCUUAACAUUUACAUUUAUUUUUUACGCUAAUAUAUUUGGUGUUAACCACUCAAUACGUGUAUACCUGAAUGAUGCAAUUUAUAUACCUAUAUUGUAGACGCAUCUUAUUGCCUUGAUAAGUGUAAAGCACGUAAGUGAAUUGAAUUUAUAAAGAAAAAACAAAAAAAAAAAGAAUAUUACAUUGUAGUUAAUUGUAAAAACAUUCAACACAUGUAGAAACACCCAUAUUUUUAAAAUAAAAUUGCCUAGCGUAUGUUUUCGCAUGUUACAAAAUA